GUGACCAUGACCCCAGUGGCCUCGGCCAACCUGUCCCCACGCCGCAGGCCAAGACCACAGAGGAAGGUCUGCAGAACGUGGAUGACCUGGUGGGGCAAUAUCAUCACUGCUGUGUCUGGUGGGUGGCCCCAUGGCAGCCCGUCCUCCGCCUCUUCCACCCGGACACCAUCCGGCCCGUGCUCCUGGCCUCAGCUUUGGUGGCCCCCAAGGACAAGUUCUUCUACGGCUUCCUCAAGCCCUGGUUGGGGGACGGGCUGCUGUUGAGCCAUGGGCACAAGUGGAGCCGGCACCGGCGCCUGCUGACACCGGCUUUUCACCCUGACGUCCUCAAGUCCUACAUGGGCAUCUUCAACCAGAGCACCCAGAUCAUGCACGACAAGUGGAGGCGGGCGGCAGCGGAGGGACCGGUGGUGCUGGACAUCUUCGAGCCCUUGGCCCUGCUCACCCUCGACAGCCUCCAGAAAUGCAUCUUCAGCCACAACAGCCACUGCCAGGAGCGGCCCAGCGAGUACAUCGCGGCCAUCCUGGAGCUGAGCAACCUGGUGGUUCGGCGCCAGCAGCGGCUGCUCCACCUCGAGCGCCUGGGCCGCCAGGCCUGGCUGGAGGGCCGCCAAGGCCGGAGCAUGGACUUCAUUGACCUCCUUCUGCUCGCCAAGGACGAGGACGGCAGUGACCUGUCGGAUGAGGACAUCUCAGCUGAGGCCGACACGUUCAUGUUCGAGGGCCACGACACCACGGCCAGCGGCUUGUCGUGGCUGCUCUACAACCUGGCCUGCCACCCGGACCACCAGGAGCGGUGCCGCCAAGAGGUCCGGGAGCUCCUCAAGGACCGCGAGGUGGAAGAGAUCGAAUGGGAGGACCUGUCCCACCUGCCCUUCACCACCAUGUGCAUCAAGGAGAGCCUCCGGCUGCACCCGCCGGUCACCGCCGUGUCGCGGUGCUGCACCAAGGACCUGGCGAUGCCCCACGGCCACGUGCUCCCCAGCGGGACCACCUGCCUACUGAGCAUCUACGGGACCCACCACAACCCAAGUGUCUGGCCCGAGCCCCAGGUCUUCAACCCGCUGCGCUUCAGCCCGGAGAACACGCAGGGACGGUCCCCGCUGGCCUUUGUCCCCUUCUCCGCCGGCCCCAGGAACUGCAUCGGGCGCAGCUUCGCCAUGGCCGAGAUGAAGGUGGUGGCGGCGCUGACGCUGCGGCGCUUCGUCCUGCGCCCCGUCCAGGGCCACCACCCGGCGCGGCGCAAGCCCGAGCUGGUCCUGCGUCCCGAUGGUGACCUCCGGCUGCGGCUGGAGCCGCUGACCGAGGCGCCCUGGCCACGGCGCGGGGACCGCGGUGUCCCCACCGUGGCAGGGAGGGGACAAUAA